CUGAGGGCUGGACUGAGGCGGCUGCAGCGGCAGCGGCUGCGACGGCGGCUGCGUCGGGUCCAGUCCGGGGUCUCUCGGCGGCGGGCGAGGUGAUGCUGCAGCUGCGGGACUCGGUGGACUCAGCGGGCACAAGCCCCACGGCGGUGCUGGCGGCCGGCGAGGAGAUCGCUCCGGGCGGCGGCGGCGGCGGCGGCGGCGGCGGGGGGCGGCCGGGUGCGGGCACGCCGCUGCGACAGACGCUGUGGCCGCUCAGCGUCCACGACCCCACGCGCCGCGCCCGCGUCAAGGAGUACUUCGUGUUCCGGCCCGGGACCAUCGAGCAGGCAGUGGAGGAGAUCCGCGUGGUGGUCCGGCCGGUGGAGGACGGCGACAUCCAGGGGGUGUGGCUGCUGACCGAGGUCGAUCACUGGAACAACGAGAAGGAGCGGCUGGUGCUUAUCACCGACCAGGCGCUGCUUGUCUGCAAGUACGACUUCAUCAGCCUGCAGUGCCAGCAGGUGGUCAGGGUGGCCUUGAGCGCGGUGGACACCAUCUCCUACGGGGAAUUCCAGUUCCCCCCGAAAUCGCUCAACAAGCGAGAAGGUUUUGGGAUCCGCAUUCAGUGGGACAAGCAGAGCCGCCCGUCCUUCAUAAACAGGUGGAACCCCUGGUCCACCAAUGUGCCCUACACCACAUUCAUAGAGCACCCGAUGGCCGGCGUGGAUGAGAAGACAGCCUCUCUGUGCCAAUUGGAGAGCUUCAAAGCGCUGUUAAUCCAAGCUGUCAAAAAGGCCCAGAAGGAGAGUCCUCUGCCAGGACAGGCGGGCGGCGUGCUGGUCCUGGAACGCCCCCUGCUCAUCGAGACCUACGUGGGGUUGAUGUCCUUUGUCAACAACGAGGCCAAGCUGGGCUACUCCAUGGCCCGCGGCAAGGUCGGCUUCUAGGUGCCCUGCCCGGGCCCGUCCUGGGGAGCCGGGCAGGCGGGACCCAGGGCCUCGGGGCAGCUCCCCUGCUGCUGGCAGGCUCGGGGCCCUGACCUAAGGGUCUGGGUGUGAUUGGCGGAGUCAAAUGAACUGUAUACUUCAGCCGGAUAUUGGAUGUCUGGAAACGGGAGCUACAGGGAAAGCAAGGUGAAUCGGGCUGUCCCCGUCCUGGCCAGCGUCAGUUUCCUAGCACCUCACUUUUCCUGUUUCUCCUGGUGUCUCCAUCCAGCUUCCUGCCGUCCUCCCACCCCAGCCCCUGAGCUUGUUAGUGGUAAACAUUGGUGAUCCCACUAGAACACCCCCGUCGGCACCUCAGCUGCGUAGACGAUCACACCCAGGGAGGUACCGUGUACCCCAGUGCCUGUAGUUGCAAAUGUUUACAGUUGGUGUCAAAUUUUGUAUCUUGAGAUUUAAUCCAUCUUCUUCAAGCGAAUACAAAAGAAGCCAGCAGACGCGAGCUCGGCGAGUCUGCCUGUCGGCUCCUGAACAGGCAGGUGCUUUUGUGUAAAUGUGUGUUUGCCCUAAAGUCACACUUUCUCUAAAAGUGAUCAUCUGCAUUGUGUUAAUAACACUCACGGUAUCUUCCCCAGGCCCAAAAAGGUUUGCGGAAAAUCAUUUUAAAACCAGUCAUUAGUUUGAGAAAGCCAGAUGGAUAAGUUCUUUUGCACUCAAUUUUGACAACUUUUAAGUUUGUAUCGUCAUACUCGUAUUUAAAAAGAGAAUUGCUUAGUUUGCUUUUAAAGGAUACACUUUUAAAAAGGAACCGUAUUAGGGCCUCAUGCAGCAGCUGACCCCGUCCUGGUUCCCGCCACUCCCCGCAGACAUGAGCUUGUGGGCGGUCGCAGCUCGCCGCCCCCACCCCGUCCGCUGCCCAGCCCUGUGCCUGGGAGCUUUUGCUGAUUUUAGUGCUGGCUCACGGGUCCCUGCUCCUGAUUUAUGACCCUGGCGUAGCUGUAGUCAGCAUGACGUGACCUGGACGCAGGGGCCUGUCUGUCAAAAAGCAGCCUCCACACCCAGCCUGGGUCCUGAGCCUUGCUUUUGGUCUUGUGGUAAAGAUACUUAGAAUUGA